AUGGGGACGGCCACCAGGCAGCGUGCCGAGAAGUACGCGAUGCUGCACCAGUGCCUCGCGUACCUCCUCCAAGCGAGCGGCCGCUACGCUUUCGUGUCCACCCCCGCGUGGUACCUGCCGCUCGUCAGUACGCUCCCAGCUUUGGCCAGGAGAGAGCAGGUGAGAAGAGACCUGGGGCAGCCGAGAGUCUGCCUGCGGGUGGUCUGGCCGGCAGUCUGCCUCGACCCCCAGGACUGCAUCGCCGCCGUCCACGCCGUGUGGGGCGGCAGCAUCCCCGGCAGGCGCGCCAGGCUCCGGCUCUGCCGCGGGGUGAGCGACCUGGGCAUGUGG